AUGGAGGAAAUAACCUCGGGACUAGAUCCCGACGAACUGAUGGAUCUAGAUGAGCCUGAAGGUUCCGAUCUAGACGAGGAUGAGGAAGACCUCAUAGACGAUCACAUUUCCUCACCAUUUAUUUUAUCAUCUGCGCCUGGAUCAACAACCAAUUCAGUUGCUUCAUCUCCAAUAAGUGAAGAGUUUCCUCCACCUUUCAGUUUUUCAGGAAAACCACUCAAUGUCAAACGGGGCCGUGGAAGACCAAGGAGAGAAGGAGGUAAGCCUGGAUUACCGAGAGUUGUAAGAGGAGGGGGAACAGGUAUGACAAGAGUUAGGAAACCUAGACCACCAGGUUUUAGUAGGAGAGGCAUGGGAAAUAGAAGUGUCAGACAACCAGACAGAUCAGAUUUUGAUUUCUCCCCCUUUACUCCAUCACCUAUUGAUGAGCAAGCUUUACUGGAUCCAGAAACAGGAGCACUUUUAUAUCCAGAGAGAGAAAAGUUACUUCCGUCUAUGGAAGAACCUCCGUAUUUUCCAGAACAUUGGCCUGGGAAGGUUUGUGCCUUUUGUAAUUUAGGAGAAAGGAGUCAAUUGGGACAAGGGGAAAUGCUAAGGUUGAACUGCCCGGAAGGUUUUUUACCACACAAAGUCGCAGCAGAACAAAUUUUAGAGAAAGCUUUACAAGCUCCUGACAAAGAUAGGGGAGAUAAGAGUCCUAAGGGACCUGUAACCUGUAGAAGACAGAAGGGUUUUAAUAAAUGCAGGCAUCCAUCUAUGAAUAGUGAAUAUGUUGAUGAACUGACUAUUAUUGGGUAUAAUGAAGUUAGUGACGUAACCAGUCUAUUUGAACCCAAUGGACAGUUCUAUGUUCAUAGGAACUGUGCUCUGUGGUCUCAUGGAGUUACACGAGCAGAAAAUUCAGCUCUGCUAGAUGUGGGUCCAGUUGUCUUACAAUGUUCUUCCAAAAAGUGUUCAUUAUGUAAUCAUUAUGGAGCUAGUGUAACAUGUAACUUGGAUUCUUGUAAUAAAGUUUUUCAUUUUCCGUGUGCUACCGCCGCUGGUGCCUUUCAGGAAAUUAUGUCGAUUUCUACUUUCUGUUCUAAUCAUAUAGGACAAGUUGCCAUGCUUAAUGAAGCUACUCCUUGUUUUACAUGCCGUACUAUGGGAGAUAUAUCAAACUUAAUGUACUGCUCAACGUGCGGGGCCCAUUAUCAUGGAACCUGUGUUGGUUUAGCGCAGUUACCAGGUGUUCGAGCUGGAUGGCAGUGUCGAAAAUGCCGAUGCUGCCAAGUUUGUCGGACUGUCGGAGAUGAGUCAAAAUUAAUGUCUUGCGAACAAUGUGAUAAAGUCUACCACGCAGGAUGUCAAAGGCCGAUAGUUACUUCUAUUCCAAAAUAUGGAUGGAAGUGUAGAUGUUGCAGAGUGUGCGGCGAUUGUGGAUCUCGAACUCCUGGAGCUGGCUUGUCUUCAAGGUGGCACGCCCAUUACACAGUUUGCGAUUCCUGCUACCAGCAAAGAAAUAAAGGCUUCUCAUGUCCUCUCUGCCAUAAAGCUUACCGAGCGCAUGCUCAUAGGGAAAUGGUUCAAUGUUCAAAUUGUAAAAAGUUUGUCCAUGGGACGUGCGACGCUGAAGCAGAUGUUGCUACCUACCACCAAAAGAAAGAUCUUAACCCUGAAUAUGAAUAUGUAUGUUUGCAUUGCAAAAACAGUACUGCUAGACAAAUAACUGCAAAAAGAGCAAGUAUUGAAGAUUCAUCGGAUGUACCAGCUUCUCAUGAAUCUCUUUACGAUGACACCUCAGAAUUUGACCUGCCUUCUCCAGACGAAUUUGCUCGUAGCAUGGGUAUGGGCAAAGGAAAACCGUUCGCCAGCAAAAUUGCGAAAAAGCGCAUUAACUUCCCCAUUGUAGGUAGGCCAAAAGGUACAGGCAAAGUACCUCCUGGUAAGAUGGGUUUUAUGAAACGAUCUCGAUUAUCGGAUUUUAAUAGGAAAAGGGGCCAUAAAUCAAAAAUGUGCGGUAUUUUCGGUGUACCUGGUGUUGGACUUCAAAGACCGACUGCCGAUGGAAAAAGCGACGAAGAGCCGGGCGUGGAGAAUAGAUUGGUUUUAUGUUCUGCCAAAGAUAAGUAUACUUUGACUCAAGAUAUUUGUGUCAUGUGUGGAGCGCUUGGAAUGGACCAAGAAGGAUGUUUAAUCAGUUGUGUGCAGUGCGGACAGUGUUACCAUCCAUACUGCAUCAAUGUCAAAAUAACAAAAGUUAUAUUGGAGAAGGGAUGGAGAUGUUUGGACUGUACCAUUUGCGAAGGUUGUGGUCAGCGAAACGACGAAGCUCGCCUGAUACUCUGCGAUGACUGUGACGUAUCGUUUCAUAUCUACUGCAUGGAUCCACCACUCGACUACGUUCCUCACGGCAAUUGGAAAUGCAAAUGGUGUGCGAUGUGUCUCAAUUGUGGGGCUACCGAUCCUGGUUUUAAUUGCAAUUGGAUGAACAGCUCUACCCAGUGCGGCCCAUGCGCAUCACAUCUCAAUUGUCCUAGUUGUAACGAGCCGUAUGGUGAUGGAGAAUUGAUUAUUCAGUGCGUUCAAUGUGAGAGAUGGCUCCAUGGUUCCUGUGAUUGUAUAAAAAAUGAAGACGAUGCUGAAAAAUGCGCAGAAGACGGUUACAACUGCAUCCUUUGUCGACCAAGAGAUGUACCACCGCCCCACCUUGUGCCGCCACCGCCCGCUCCAAAACCACCAACCCCUACGAAGAGUCCUGAAGUCGGGAAAAGUUCGAGUUUUUAUUUGGACGGCGUUUACCUAAGUGAGAUGGGGAACAGCUUUAUUAAAUCAUUAGCUUUGGAACAUCAUGGCUCGCGAAAAAAACGGAAAAAGCUUCCUACCGUGCAGGAUAAAGAAGCCGGUAUUAUGGCUACAAUUGAAUCUGUUAUAGCAGGCGGAAAUGCUGGCGGAGCGACUGCUUUAGAAGACAGCGCUAAACUAGAAUUGGUCGACGUCAAAGACGAGCCUCAAGAGCUGUACAAAGAAGGCAUGAUUUGGACAAAGGAGGAUGGUCCAGCACCUGAAGGUUUCACGGUGUUUACCAUGGAGAGCGGAAUCAGCGUCUUAAGGCGCAAGAGACAACGGAAUCUACAGAAACUAGGCAUAGGUGGUUUUCUAGUCAGAAUGAGAGGCAUCCGAACCGGUCAGGAUAACGAUGAAAUCGAUUCUUCGGUUAUCCAAUCUGGCAGUGCUACACCUACAGAGCUCCUACCUCCUAUGCCUGUUGAUGGAGAUAAACCAAAAAGAAAACCGAUUAGAAGAAAACCAAAAAGCAAGCUAGCCGAAACUUUUCCGGCAUACUUACAAGAAGCCUUUUUCGGUAAAGAUCUUUUAGAAACUGUUGAUUGUAAGAAAGAAGUCGACAGUUGUAGCAGCGACGACGAAAAAUCUGUGAAGUAUAAAUCCAUCAAUUUGUCUCAGGAUGAAUUAAUGGCUGUAGCUGCAGUCUCGGGCAAAAGUGAAAAGCAAGCAAUAGCUAGUAUUAAAGACUCACUGAAGGAUAUUAAAUCAUCGCCAAUGAUAAAGGAAGAAGACGACGAUAAUACAGAAGACUUAAAAGAUGUACUUGCCUUACCUGGAGAUUUACUUGAUGCAGAAAUAGUUAACAGUAUUAUGGAAGAUGAUGACGAGCUUACUAAAAAUACAGAAUCACUGGAAGGUUUAGAUACCAACCUGCAAGAUGAUAACGAGUUGACUGAUACAUUGGGCAGCUCCGGCAAUUCGAAAGAAACCAAAGAUGAGUUGAGUGAUAUUUUAGGACCACAUUUUAAUCUGGAAUCGAUUUCUAAUAUCAACAGCAAGGAUGUAGAAGACAUAUUUAAGGGUGUAUUGACCGAUGAAUCACAGGAAUCACAAGAGAGCAGCAAUUUCGCCAUACAAGGAAGUAAUCUUUUUUCCAACAAUACUCCUCAAUCAAGUUUAGCUCAGCAUUCCAUGAUGACUCCUGCUGUUCGUCCUAAAACGUUACCCAAUGUGAGCCAAGUCAAUUUAAAUUCACCAGUAGGAUUUCCCCCACCAUCACCUUACCACUCAGAAUAUAGCAAUAGCCCUCAGUUCAGUCCUGCUUUUACCGAGUCUCCUAACGCCUGGGUGGGAGUUCCCGAAACUCCUGAAAUAGACAGUACCAACGUCGGAGUUCCUUCAACGUACAAUCAGCGUUCCUCGGAAAAGAUGAAAGCCGACGAAAGUUUGGGCAACGGUGCUACCAUUUCUGCCGUUCUCUAUGCUAAUAUGAAUCAUCCAGAAUGGAAGAAAGAUUUUCCGGUUUGGUCUGAUAGAUACAAGCAAAUAAUCAAGAAAUGGAGGACACUAAGUCAAGAACAGAAAGCUCCAUAUCUUCAACAUGCGAGAGAUAAUAGAAGCCAAUUGAGAAUGAAGAAGGCCCAGCAGGAUCAAGAAAAGAUGGCGCUGCAACAGAAAUCUGCCAGGGAAGCCGAACAAGAAAGGCAAUGGAAACAGCUUCAGGCUAUGAGACAGCAGCAGACGCAGCAACAACAGAAUAUUAUACAUGAACAACGUGUUCAGGCCAUCGCCAGAGUCCAGCGACAAAUAUCGGUGGAUCCAGCUCAACAGUUUUUGUCGGAUCAACAAAGUCCCUUGCAACCAAGUACGCCUCAGGAGCUUAGCCCGUCUGCUACGCCAACACCAAGCCCAAGACAAUUCAUAGGAAUGAAAUCCCCGACCUUUCCUCUUCCUUCACCAGUGGCUCAGACAGCAAUUAGACCUCCUACACCCUCUCAUUCUCCACAUGAUGUAAGUCAGGCAAGCACCCCUGACGGUAAUGAUCACUUUAUUCAAUCACCUUCUACUCCUAAACCUAAUUUUCCUACUAGAUUACCUACCGAUCAAUUUAUCCACCAACCUGCAACUCCUAGGCCCCAGUUCGGAAUACAACGGCCACCUUUACAGAACUUUGGUAAUGCGAUCAGGACAGAUCAGCAAGAUAUUAAUAUCAACCGGCAGUUACGAGAUCUCCUACAGCGACAACAGGUGAAAAAAUUGGAUGAACUGUUACCAGGUAAAGUUCAACAACAAAGAGUGUGGCCUCCAAUUGAACAACAAGAAAAUGAGGCCUCAGCAACUACUGGUACUUCGGCAGUUGUGGCUACAACAGCAGAUACCACUUUCAGGCAACCAUUACCGCCCAGCAUUGUGCGACCUAGAGUGGCUCUCUCUUUAGCCGGUCGAGCAGGUCCUGGUACUAUUAGGGUUGGCCAGUUAGAUGCCCGAAUGCAAGGCCUGGAUCCUAGAAUGAGAUUAAUUUUGCAACAGCAAGUUGGCCAACAACGAUUAUCUGCGGGAAUUCAACAUCAAUUCGUACGGUUUACCUCGACACCAGCUCGCCCCGCGACCUUGGAUCAAUAUGAACAACUACUCCACAGACCUACUGCUACUCAGAUCCGAGCACCUGAUCAGCAAAACGCACCUCGAAUGACUUUGAAUCAAGCUAGCGUCAUUCAAAGACCGCAAAUUGUACAACCUACUCAAAGUACUCCUGCAACUAGUGCUGCUGAUAGUAAUCCCAGUGAAGAAGGUAUUCCCGAUAAUGUUACUGCUGAACUGGAAAAGCUUGAACAAGAAACAGGUACUAUGGUAGAGUUACAAGGUGUCAGUGAGAUCCUCGGAGGGCUGGGAGAUGACGACGAUGAACUUUUAGCUGAAAUGGGUGCCGAUUUCAAUAUCCUAGAGUAUGCCGAUCCUGAGCUGGAAGCUUUAACAGGCGGCAAAACAAAUAUAUUAGAUCUGGAACUCGAAGAAGAGCCAGUGAAGAAAGAGAAGAUAGUAUCCAGUGCAGAAAACCAACCUACGAAUCAAACAGUAAACACAAUUUCGAGCCCUGUGAAACCUAAACAUGAAGAACCAGUUGAAACGCCUGCUCCAAAACCAGAGCCCGCUUCUCUGCCGCCGCCGCCUCCUCCUUUGGCAUUGCCACAACAGCAGCCUGCUCCUGUCCAACAUACACCACCUGUCGCUAUUCAACAACCAACUCCACAUCCUCCGCAAGUGCAACCCACAAUGCACUUGACGCCCCAACAGAUCCAUCAACAGAUGGUACAUCAGGUUCAACAGGCAGCAGCUCAGGGCAGACCUAUGCCACCGGGUUCAAAGAUGCAAACUCCUGAUGGAUUUAUUGGUAUUGUAAUGCCUAAUAAUAGCGUGCAACUACAGAUACCUCAAAACUAUCAACAAAGGCUAUUACUCUUACAACAACUUCAAAAUCAGAAACUUCAAAUGCGCGUAGGCACUACAACUCCACGAGUAGCGGUGGUGGCACAGAGUCAGCUACCAGUCGGUUUGGCUACCGGCCCCAGAAUGGUGGCGGCACCACCGCCCCCACCACCUCCGCCGUACCCAGGUCCGCCGCCGCCAUAUCCAGGAAACGCGGCUCAACAUCAACAGGAACAACCCCUCUUGCUGGAGGACCUGCUCGAACAAGAGAAACGGGAACAAGAGAAGUUGCAGAAUCAACCUUCUAGUCAAGAAGUUUCUUCAUCAACUGGAAACGAAAGUGAAUCAGCGUUGCUCAGCGACCACGAUUUCGAGAGACUAAAGGCAGACGUAUUCAAUACCGGCCCUGUCACCAGUUUACCGUCAACAAAUAAUCAAGGAACUACUAGCCAUACAAACCAACCAUGGCAACAGUUACAAAAUCGGCAAAUCCCUGCCCCGCCUGCCCAACCCACUUUGGAGGUUACAACCAGGGUACAAAUGUUUAACGCCAAUCUAAUUGCUGCACCCCCAUUGCCUCCGGAAAAUAUUGUUACGGAACAAGACAAGCAGACUCAGAUGAUGUAUGAGCAGUGGUUGAAUCAUCAGAAUAAUGUUCUAGCCCAACAGUUGCGCUACUACGAGACUGAAGUCCAGAAACUUCGGAAGAGCAGAAAGUCACUGAAUAGCAAACAGAGACAAUUGAAAAAAUCUGGUAACCAGCUAACCGAGACGGAUGCAGCCGAACUCCAGAGAAUAUCAGCGGAACAAGCCAUUUUACAGAAACAUCUAGAAUCGAGCAGAAAACAGAGUCGACAACACGGCAUGUUAAUACAGGAAUACAGAAACAAACAUCCUGCACCAAAGCAACGGGUAGAGCAAAUUCAAUCGCCUUUAGGACCACCAUCGUCGUCUCCUUUGCAACACCCAAGUACCUCGCAGUCGCCCAUGCUGUCACCAUCUUUAUCGCCUCUGACGCAGCAUAAUUCUCCUCUGAAUAGUCCAGGACCGCUUAUUUCAUCGUCGCCAGGAUCUGUGUCGGUUCAAAACAUUUUGCAGAGUCCUAACAGUAUGCCUACGAACAGCAUGUCACCGUUACAAUCCUCCUCGAUGCAAGCGUCACCUAUGCAACAAAGCCCCAUGCAGCCGUCUCCGAGGAUAGGAACACCGCAUUCUCAAAGUGAAGAGAGUCCCGGAUCAGCACAGUCCCCAUCCCAAGUAUGCCUUCCCCCACCAAUGCCAAGAAUGACAAGUCCUCAACACAGAAGAGUAGUGACUAGUCCGGUUGGUAUGACGCAGAUGAGAUUCGUAAGCAAUCAAGUAUUGCAACAGCGAGUACGAAUGCAAUCGCCCAUACAAAAUUUUCAGCAGAAACCAGCUACACCAUCCCCGUUAAAUAGCCCUACAUCGCAAACGAUGAAUGUAAGCCAACAGCUUCAGUUACAUAAACUUCAACAGCAACAAAGCAUGCUACAACAGCAGAGUCUAGAUGGUAAUCAAGGUGACCCCAAUAUUAUCCACUCACAGCGAACUACCCAACUUUUACAACAUAGAAAUUUUAUUCGACAACAGGUUGCUCAGCAACAGCAACAACAGAUAGGCCAGCCUCAGCCUUUAACGCCUCAACAGCACCAAAUGAUGCUCCAACAGCAAAAGCAAUUAGCUCAACAACAGCAGCAACAAAUAGCGCAGAUGAACGCAGCUAGGUUACAGCAACAAAAUAACCCCCCUCAUUCACCAAUGCCCCCAAAAAGUCCUAUGAUUAAUCAACAAAUUAUGUCACCGCAUUCUAUGCCCCCUUCUCCUAUGCAAAUGCCACCAAAGAGCCCCAUGGUGUCUUUUAGUUCUAAUCAACCAAAUCCCAACUCUCCUGCCGCAAGAAGCCCUGCUUUUCACCAAGGAUUAAGUCAAACUCCAACCAGUCCUAUGACUCAUCAGCCACCGUCUCCAAUGCCUAGAAGUCCAAUGGUUAAUCAAACACAGUCGCCACAUAGUAUGAGAAGACCACCCAGCGCUAAUAGUAGCCCUGCUAUGCCAGAUAGGCCACUUAGUGUUGAAAAUCCUUCACCAAGAAUGUCUUACUCAAUCGACCAUUUAAUGCAAGACACUUUACACAGUCAGAGUAGCCAUAAUUCAAUGCAGUUUACUGAUAAUUUCACGACUGAUAUGAAUGUUCAAAAUAGUAUUAGAGAAAAUAUGCAAAGUGGAGGAGGGAAUCCCAAUAAUCCAUGUAAUCCAAUACCUUUACCACCAGAAUAUCCUAGAUUUAGAUAUUUUAAACUAGGUUUGCGAGGUGGUACGCCAAUGUGGGGGUUUGGAAGAGGGGCAAAACGGAUACCUACUCCCCCAAAUGCUCCAAAUAAACCGGAAGAAAAAAUAGUAAACCAAGACAGUAUGAUGUUACAAAAGAUGAAAAAGGAGCCCCAUUUAAGCAAAGUUUCUCUUCUUAAAAGAAAGGUUGGAGCUGGAAGUGGAAAAAUUGGCUCUCUUGUGAGUACAGAUUACAAUGAUAUGGACGACAGUUCAUCCACGCCUCCUAUAACUCCUCCAUUAGCUACUACAAGUCGAGGAGGCAUACCAAAAACAUUGCCCAAAAAAAUUUUGGAAAAUCAAAGCAGCAAAGAUUCUGUUAUUGUCAUGCACAGCCCAGAAGACAAACAACUUGAUAUGAUGGAUUUUGACGAUGAUACCAAUACUGUUUUAUCAGCAGAAGUGUCUCUAAGUUCUGCAGCUCAAAAUGACGAAGAUAUGUUAGAAAUGGAGACACUAUCUCAACAAGAUUUAGCUGAAGGAUUAUCUAGUCCCUUAGAACCCGAUCAAAUAGCAGAUGAAUAUUUACUAUUUCCUGGCAAUAUGGUAGUUGACAUGUCUGCUGGGGAACAUUUUUCCGAAAAAGAGGAGGAGGAAGAAACCGUAGAUGAAGAAUAUAAUGAUGAAAACAUGCAUAUCAUGAUUCGUAGUCCUACAACCAGUGACUAUGAAUACAUAAUGCAAAGUAAGGGUAAGAAAUAUAAUGUAGGUGUUCAUGAUGAAAAUGAUGACAUGCCAGAAUCUCCGGAUCAGGAAGACUUGGCUGUACCGUCACCUGAAGUUUCGGAUUUGUUGACAAAUUACGAUGAAAAUGAUGUUUUAAUGGGUGAUCAAAGUAACAGCACACCCGAAGAAUCAAUUUCUACCAAAGAAGACUUCGAAGAGUUGAUUGAUGAAGGUUCACGUAAGAAUAGCAUAACGAAGUCAGAAGUAACAACUAAGCAAAUAAAUGAAUUUCAUAAAUACGCGGGAAUAUUUAAUUAUUCCAAAGGAGUUGUUCAAGCGACUCAGAAUCAGACAGCUUUAAAUAAAAUUACGAACGUGGCUAACAAAAAAGCACCUGCAAAAAUAUCACUCGUAACGGGUCCAAUUGUACAUAAUCUAUCAACCGGGAAGGUAAAUCCUGAAAAAUUAAUAAUCACUCAAAAUCCAAAUAUUUUAAAUACCUCACAAGCCGCUAAAGUUACGAGUAUUAUUCUUACCCAUAAUUCUGCGGUACGGAGAAAUGUCCUUAAUGUACCAAAGAUUGUAAGUACCGUAUCUCCAGCUAUUACUAUAGUAAAUGCCACAACAUCUCAAAUGGCUUCUAUACUACCGUCAAAAUUCACAGUACCUGUGAUAAGUGCCAGUGCUGUGCGACAACUUUCCAACGUAAAAGUGAUCGAUAAACCAUCUUCAUCAUCACUGUCUAUCUCUACACGCGACAAUGUUCUACCUAAAAAGAUAUUCGAAGACGAUUCCGUGUCACCUGACAGUUCUAAUUGCGAGGAUGAUAAAUCAAAAGAUUCGUUCGACGAAAAAGGAAAAUUAGAGUCUCCUUCGCGAGAAAUAAAACCUUUAUUAAAAACAGACGCAUCUUCGUCGAAUACAAUCAUCGCAAGAAGUUUAGAAUAUAAAACACACGAACACCAAAAGAAAGCUGAACAUCUUCAGGUUAUGAAUAUAAUACAAAAACAGAGAAUACCUAGUCCGCUAAUGCCAAAGUCUGCUUCGCCUGUGAUUAUACACAAUACUCCCGAAUUAAAGAUGACUGCACAAGUUAUUCAAGAAACACAAACUCGUAUGAAGAUGACAGCCACUACGGAAACUUUGGACGCAUACGACGGUUCAGUAGACGAUACAAAGUCUGUUGUAAUAUCGAUUCCUUCUCCUACUCCAUCUCAAGAACAAAUGUUGGACAAUAUCGCUUACCAGGCUUUGGAAAAUAGGAGAAGAGAAUUUGAUUCUAUCGAGGAUGUAUUAGAUAUGAUAGAAAAUAUCACCGCUGAACCGCCUGCUAUUUUAGAAGAAAAUGUACCUGUACAAAAUCCUAAAAAUAAUACAAAUACUGAAACUAAAGAAAAGGAGGUUGACAAACCAAAACCAGAAAUAGCAAAUAUACCAGUAAGUACUAAAUCUUCUGCAGUGCCACAGCUGUCGCCAUUGUCCCAACCAACAGAUUUAACUAUGAACAUGGCAAAUGCUUCGCAGCAACUAAGAUCAUUGUUGUCUUCACUGCAAACUACUUCAACUUCUUCACCAACUAAUGUAGAAUCAGUAGUGAAAAAUUUCGGCCACAAAAUUAGCAGUAGCGCUUCUCCUACUGCCACCCAACCUAUUGUUGCCUCUAGAGUUAUACAGCAGGCUGGUAGACAAUCACCAGUUGUAACAACAGUUAACACUGUAAUUGUACCGAAUUUAAAACAAAAAGUUACAGUUACCUCGGCAAGCAGUUCUAGAAAUAGUCCAGUAAAGACUCAAGUUGUGACUACUCAGCAUAUACCAUCUUCGGCUAUUAUUACAUCAACAAUAAACUAUAUACCAAAUAGAACAAUUGCUAGUAUGCAAGUUAUGACAGAACAUCUCAAAUUAUCAUCUGGUAGUAUGUCUAUAACAACUCCCUCAGUUUCCACUCAGCAAGCAAUUGCUAAAACUACAAGUCAUAAUGAAAGUAAGAAACCUUCAUUAACAUUAACGGCUAUGCUGCAAAAUCAACCUGCUGCUAAUAUGAUUACUAAAUCUUCGGCGGAUACAAUUACUGCAGCCAGCCUGCUUGGAUCACCUAUUAGUUUACCUAAAACUGGCUUUUCAACUUCCUUAGUACAAGCGCAACCUACUGUUGUCGUUCCCGUUAUAACUACUUCAAUGAUAGCAGUACAAACUCAACCAUCUAUUGUUUCUACUGUAAAAAGUUCACCCAUGAAAACAAUUGCAGAUACUAUAACGGCCGCAAGUCUUUUAAGUUCAAGUUCUGUUAACAUUGUAAAAACCGGUAUCACAGCUGCUUUAUUACAAGCUCAACCGAAUCCAACUCUUAGCUCUUUAUCUACUGCAUCACCUUUAACGCAAACCUCUAAUAAUAUUAUAACCAGCUCCACCCACAGAGUUCCUACUUCUACUACAAAUCUUUUACAUACCCAGCUAACCAAAGUAGUGAGGAGUAAAUCAGUUGAUGAUAUCAAAGAGAUAAAACAAGAAGAGAUAAAAACGGAAAUUAUGGAUACCGGUGUCGAUGACAAUAAAUUUUCACUUAUUUCACCUAGUGGCUGUAAAAUGUCAACAAUUCAGAAUCCAAUAUUAAAUAAAGGGGAUGAUUCGCAAAAUGUUUUGCUGAAAAAGUUGCUACAAAACACUGCUUGUGCUAGUACACAGUCACCUCCUCCUACUACAGCAAGCACUAUCACAACUAUUUGUCCCACACCUAAACUUCCCAUUCGAGAAACAUCUUUUGUUUCUAGCCCGAACGUAGAACUACCAGUAUCUCAACCGAGUGUUGCUGCUGUUGUCCCUACUCAGCCUUUGCAAUUGGAGAUUAAAAAAUGUUUACCCCCUAGUAGAAGUUCUAGUAGAGAUGAACUGUUAUCUCCACAAACUCCUAGAUCUUCUACCAAUAGUCAAGAUUCUAGUUUACAAACUCCUCCGAUAAUAAAGAAAGAAAUAAUGUCUGUACCACCACCUCAACCAAGUCCAAUUCACACAACACAAGAAGUCAAAAAGGAACUUAUGGACGAGUCUUCGCAACAUUCUGAGGUUUCUGAUUACAGCCGACCAGAUAUUCCCAUAAAAGAAGAAACAGAAUUGGCUGAUAUUGCAAUAGAAAAGCCAGUGCUUGAUAAAGAAGAGUUAAAGAAACAAAAGAGGCGGAUGUAUCAACAGAAAAGGCGGCAGAACCAAAUACUUAAUAAAGAAUUGGCUGGGCAACCUAAAAAACGACCAAGAAAAAAUUCAAAAAUAGAAGAAGACUACGAUACUUAUAUAGACGGAGUGUUGGCUCAAUUAAGACAGUUACCUGGAAUUACAGUAUCUGAACCAGUAUUAAAUCGCAACCAUGGUAUAGUGUCACUUUUCGGGUCUGGAGAUAUGUCCAAACUUGGAACAAAAGGAUACUCUACCCAGUUUGGGGAUUUAGUCGGGGAGUAUGGCUAUGCUGAACUGCCAGGCUAUUCAGAUUUUUAUUCCACCAAACCUUAUGGAGAUCUGGAUCCUAUACCGGAAAAACCACCCUCUUCAACCCAAAGAGGUUUCUACGAUCAAGAAUUCCCAUUGAUACGGUUUGACACAGACGAUCAUAAGAAAUUCGACAUGUUCUGUAGAGAAGAUACUCCAGAUUCAAUACUUAGUAGUUCAUCUCCGGAAUGUGUCCAAAUAGAUCCCCAGUGUAGAUUUAUGGGAUUAAAACUUAUUAGCGAUAGCGAAAGCGAGGACGAGGAUAAUGAAAUAGAAAGGGAAAUACAGCAAGCUAGAGAUAGACUGUCGCCGAUAGUACCUAUGAUCAAACCAGUGCCAAUUAGGUUGAAACCAGUUGGAGGAAUGCUUGUUAAGGAAAAUUCCAGUGAUAACAAAGAAAACAUCAAUACAGAUAGUCUUAACGUAAUGACAAAGAUCAAAUCUGAAAACAAACCGUCGAUACCGACAAAAGAUUCAGGACAUGUUACCGUAACAUUAACAUUAACUUCAUCUGCUGCUGAAGACAUAAUGGGUGUGCUAAGAGACUUGGCAAACAUUCUACAAAUUCCAGCUCCUACGAGUUAUCAAAUAGUGGAAAGGACAACAACUCCUCCCAGUCAGAAACUCGGGCUCUACCGGACCAAGGGCAAGGAUGGUAAAGAGGGAGCGCCAAUAGACAUUCAAAGUAUUCUUAAUGGGGCUACCAAGUUCUGUAAACACUGUGAUGUAAUUAUUUUAAGCAAUUUGAUAAGGAGGAAGGUUUCAGACCUUCCUUUCUUGGCCAAAGACUCAGAACUUUUAAGCGACGGAGAGGAACUAUUCUUCUGCAGCUCGACUUGUUACAUGCAGUUUGCCUUAAUGCAUAGAUCUCCUUCUAUUUCUGAAGAUAAGGCCGCCGAAAUAAUCAACCAUUUAUCUCAGAAGGAUAAUGAGAGUAAACAAAAAAUGCAGAUGAUGGAACCAUUUGACAAUAAAUCAUUAAUAGCUCAAAGACUCUCGUUCACUAAUCGCGAGAUGAAGAAAGAAUAUGAACCAAUGGAUACCAAUGAUUACUAUUCCUAUUUGCAUAAUAAUGCAGAGAAUAAACCGAAUCGAUUUUAUGACGGUGCUUACAGACCGAUGCCGGUUAGCAGAAUUUACAAGAACAUCAAGUAUAAAGCUUGGUCACCUGGAUGUUUACAACCGAAUCAGAAACAUAAGAUACCUACGGAUAAAGAAAUCAUGGAACUGUUGUAUAGAAUGCAAAUAACCGUCAUGCCGCCAGUUAUGCCGGAUGACACAAGAAAGUGCAUGUUUUGUCAGGGUGUUGGUGAUGGGGUAGCUGAUGGUACGGCAAGAUUACUUAACUUUGAAGUUGAUAAAUGGGUUCACUUAAAUUGUGGUCUUUGGUCUGACGGUGUAUACGAAACGGUGAAUGGGGCGUUAAUGAAUUUGGAGAAUGCUUUACAAACUAGCUUAACGACGAACUGCGUACAUUGCAAUAUGUUAGGUGCUACUAUAAGAUGCUUCAAAACGAGAUGUUCCAGUGUAUAUCAUCUGAAUUGUGCAGUUAAAGACAAUUGUGUAUUUUUCAAGAACAAAACUGUGUAUUGCAUAGCGCAUGUCCCUAAAAACGAAAAGGACAACGAGUUGACGACGCUCUCUGUAUCUAGAAGAGUUUAUGUUAAUAGAGAUGAAAACAGACAGGUCGCUGCUGUGAUGCACCAUUCAGACACUGACGAUCUAUUAAGAGUUGGUAGUCUCAUAUUCCUAAAUGUAGGUCAACUAUUACCACACCAGCUACAAAAUUUCCACACUUCCAACUACAUAUAUCCAAUAGGCUACAAGAUAAUAAGGUUCUAUUGGAGUAUGAAAUCUUUAAACAAACGGUGCAAAUACAUCUGCUCUAUCCACGAACAAUAUGGAAAACCUGAGUUUAGGGUCAUUGUUCAAGAACCUCCAGAGGACGAUAUAGAGUUCAUAGAUCCUACUCCUAAAGGUGCUUGGCAAAGGAUCCUUGACCAAAUUGCCUUCCUUCGCAAGGAGAACGAAUGUUUGCAGAUGUUCCCUAAAUUUACGACUGGAGAAGAUCUUUUUGGCCUCACUGAACCGGCAAUAGUAAGAGUACUUGAAAGUCUGCCAGGUAUAGAAACCUUACCCGAUUAUAAAUUCAAAUAUGGUCGCAACCCUUUAUUGGAACUUCCUUUGGCGAUAAAUCCCUCGGGAUGUUGUAGGACUGAAUCGAGGUCGAGGACUCAGUUGCAUUGGAAAAAACAUCACACUCAACGGACUACUUUGUCUACAGCUAGGCCUAUAUUUGGUCCUUCGCCUUCAGGUCCAACUCCAAGUACUCCAACAUUGGGUGAGCUGUCGUGUCCUUACAGCAAACAGUUUGUUCAUUCGAAGAGCUCACAGUACAAAAAGAUGAAGCAGGAAUGGAAGAAUAACGUAUAUCUUGCUAGAUCGAAAAUUCAAGGAUUGGGUUUAUAUGCAGCUAGAGACUUAGAAAAACACACUAUGGUUAUUGAAUAUAUUGGGGAGAUUAUUAGAACCGAACUGGCUGAAUGCAGAGAAAAACAAUAUGAAGCAAAAAAUCGAGGAAUAUACAUGUUUAGACUAGAUGAAAACAGAGUGGUAGACGCUACGUUGAGUGGUGGCUUAGCGAGAUAUAUAAAUCACUCUUGUAAUCCCAAUUGUGUAGCUGAAACCGUGGAAGUAGAACGUGACGUAAAAAUUAUUAUUUUCUCCAAGAGAAGAAUUAUGAGAGGAGAGGAGCUGGCUUAUGAUUACAAAUUCGAAUUCGAAGAUGACCAGAACAAGAUUUCCUGCAUGUGCGGCGCUCCGAACUGCCGCAAAUGGAUGAACUAAGACCUUUGUAUACAAUUGUUGCAAUAUUGAAUUAGGAUUAUCUUAUGUAAAUAAUGUAGUUUAAACGUAAAACAUUUUUGUAUGUUGGUAUACGACUGUUUAUAGUGCCAUUUUUAUCAAAAUGAGUUUUAUACACAUUCCAUACACAUUCAUUAUAUAUGCGCAAGACCAGAGAAAGAAACAAAUAAUCAAGGGCAAUUUUUUUGAAUUGUACCUGUAUUAUGUACACAUAAUUAUUUGCAUUUUUAAUCAGACGAUUAAGAUUUUCAAUUUGAUUUCCUUUAUUUUUUAUUUUUUAGACAGUGUUUCGUUAUUGCAACACUAAACUUAGUUAUUUAUAUUUCCUAAAUCUAGUAGUUCAAGAUUUUAUGCUUUCUUUCAGCCUUUGCUAAAAUUUUAAUCACUAAGCUCUUUUGAGUUUAGAGGAGAGUAGGAAGUUACUUAUCUGUUUGUAGACAUAUUAUUUCAAUUCUUUCAGUUGAUGCAUACCAAAGAACAGAUUUAAAAAAGUUUAUUCUGGAAAAUCAUAGUAAGAUCGACCUUCUGUUCGACAUUUGGUUCACGCACAUUACUAAUCACUUGUUAAAUUCAAUCUUCGAUGGUCGUUAAGGACGGAUGACAAUACAAGACGGUGCUUGCUUUCCCUUUACACAAUACAUACAUGACAAUACAUUCUGCUGAUGGGCUUGCGACACAUUGUUUUUCAUUGAGUAGAAUGAGGGAUACUUCUUUGAUUCUCUUUCUUAAGUCUCCUACUUUCAUGAUUAUUGACAUUGAUGGUUGAUCACAUCUGUGUAUCUGAACAAUUUUUAAUUUGUUGGUAUGUGUGUCUUGAUUGCAAACCAACGGAAUUUUCUCUACUCUUUAUACAACAAACUCAUCUUAAACUCGUUAAUAAACAUAUCACAUAUGUAAUUAGAUACUUUCUACUGUCUAAUAAUAAUAAGGCAGAAUGAGAACAUGAACAGACCUCUAAAAGUGCGAAUCCUCUUAGUAGAUCGUGUUUUGUCUUUUUAUUCAAAUCAUCUUUGGAAAAAGUUCUAAUCAUUUAAGCUUUCGUAGAACGUCACACUAUACAUUUUUUGAGGUUAGGUUCGAUUUAGAUUGCAAAUUGUUUAUGUUAUUCUUACAACAAACCCAUUUUAAACUCGUCACCAAACAUUUCACAUUGGUUAUUAGAGAUACAACCAAUACAGACCCCUCAAGUUGUUCUUAAAGUUAAGAACUCCAUUCUCAAUACUAAAUUUUCUGAAAUGAUUUUCUGAAAACGUUCGAAUAACGUAAGCUUUUCAAAAACGUCACAGUCGUUGAGGUUAGGUUCGUUUUUGGUUGUAAACCAACUGUAUAAUCGACCCAUUUUAAAUCUGUUAAUAAUUCCUUUACAUUAGUUAUUAGAACAUUUGUACUGUCCUAAAGUAGCUGAAUGAGAGCAUAUACAAUCCCACCAGAUUUCCAAAGUUUAAAACAUUGACAUCUUAACAACUUUAGGCAUAUGGGUCUUAUAAAAUUUCAUGAACCUGACUCACUCAUUUGGUGACGUCAGUCUACAUUGAAUUGUCUGCAAUGUGUUCUCAUAGCAAGGCAGAGUCAAACUAGUUUUUAUUUUUAUUGUUUUUCUUCUUUACAGUCUUUUUUAAUAUUUUAUAUUGAAUUCCGUAUGAAAUUAAAAUAGUUAAUGUUUUUAGGAUUCAUUCUUUUUUUCGGGCAUGCGUAUUUCCAAGGUUCCUGAAGUUUUGAAACAUCCCUAAGACAUAUAUGUUUUAAAUAGAUAAAAGGAAUAUAUUCUUGAUUAUUUAUUUCUUACUCUCUGGCCUAUUAGCAAACUGCAUUGCACACAAUUUCUUUAUACACCGUACAGUUAAUUUUUUGCCUUGCAGUUUUAAGAUAUUACGAAACUUUUACUUCUAUACGGUAAAGUAUGUUGAUAUACAAUAAUUAUACAACAUUUAGGGACCAAAUAAGAAAUACUGUCGUAGUCUUUUUGUGAAUAAAUAUGUUGAAUGUUUUUCCGUACGUAACUUAUUGGAUAUUAUUAGUCCCUAUUUUAGAUCAAUCUGCAAGUUGUUUGAUAUAUCUUAUAUUCUCCACAAUCUACUACGUUUAAUUGUUAUUUUACAGCUUCCAUCUGGUUCUCUAGUUUUUUUAUUUUCUUUUAUCUUUCCUGGACAUUGACAAAUAAUUAAAUAACCCAAAAAUGUUACUAAAGUAAAGUUUUUUUAUAUAUUCUAUUGAGAAGCAAUUUUUGUUUUGGGAAUAUUUAAUAUUUCGGACUACUGUCUUAAGGGAAAAAAUAUUAACUUUAACAACAGUUUAUAUAUCGAAAUAAGCAAUUUGAAGCAGUAUAUAUUUCAAAAUUAUGCAUAUAUCGGGUUGCUAAGCAAGGAGAAUAAAAUACUUUUUCUUUCUAUGUACCAUGACAAAUUGUAAGGUAUUUUUUCCGGAAGAAGUAGAAGUAUCUACCGAACAAUCCGCCAACGAACAAGCAGAACUGCUUAUAGUGAAGAGGAAGAAGAUCACUUGUAAUGCUGAAUUGAAAUCCGUAAUGUUUUUUUGUAUCUCUUGCAGUUUUAGCUGCACUAAUCUCUACCUACUGCACAAAACUAAACGAUGGAUUAUAUUUAAAUUAAUAUUUCGGUCCAAUUAUCUGUAUCUUAUAGUUCUAUAUUUUCAGUAAUUGCAAACAGGCAAUAAAUUCGGUUCUAAAACAUCUGAAAUUUCUUUAGAAAUUCUUCACGUGUUCCUACUCAAAAUGAAUUCAGCAUCUGCGAAUUCAUACCGGCUUCACAUGUUUCUGAGCCAGAUGUUUAAUUUCCUUCCUAGUUUCCUUCUACUCCCAAUCUUGCCGGUGAAUAUAAAUUUAACGGAAGACUAUCUUGAUCCAUUCAAGAUAUGCCCCAAAUAAGACGUUUCACGUUGACUCACAACAAGUAAGAGUUUUAUGUGUACUUAAUUUAGAUGCAACAUCUCAUUGGCAACUCAGUCCUUCCAAGAUAUUUAAGUAAUCUUAAAGUCGACGUCUAGCACAAGAAAGCUUUUUGGCUCAUGUUGAAACACACGGUCGUAAGUUUGCUCUUGUUCAUUUUUUUCAUAUUUGUUCACCUUCCUUUCCUGUAUGAUUUAUAGCUUUAAUUAGAACUUUAAUAUCUUCUAUCUUAUGUGCUAUAGUACCUGUAUUGUCUGCAUAACUUAGAUUACGACUUUAUUAUUAUGACCCUUCUUCUUCUAAAGGUACCUAUCUUCUAUAGAUGUUGGCGACCACAUUGACCCAUCUUAUUCUAUUCACAGCAGUUUGAAAUAGAUCAGUUGAUGUUAGACCAGUCCAUUUAAUAAGAUUGGCCAGCCAGGAUAUAUGUCUACGUCCAGGGCCUCUCUUACUCUCAAUCUUGAGAAUCUUCAGAGAAUCUUCCUAAGGCUGUUGAAAGAGCUUUUGCUUCGAAUAGCAUAUUUUUUCCACUCUUUCUAACGGUGUAUCGUUAAUUGUAAUUUGGGCGUUUAUGCCGGUGUUCUUACUAAUGACCAUUAUUUUUGUCUUCUUGCAAUUUAGUUUUAGGCCGUAUUUGUUACAUGCUUUUACAACGUUAUCCAUCAUCCUUUGGAGCCCCUGCGCACUAUCUGCCAAUCUGCCAGCAACACUGUAUCGUCUGCAUAUCUAAUGUUGUUUAUAAGUUGGCCAUUUACAGCAAUCCCAUCUUCUAAUUCGUCCAAGGCCUCUCUAAAGAUGUUUUCAGAGUAUAUAUUAAAGAAUGCCGGUGACAAUAUGCACCAUGUGUACCCAAUAUGACACUAUGACCUUAUUUACUCUAAUAUUAUUUAUUUCUUCUUCAGCCUGUUUAUAUACACUCUUGGACAAAGUCAUAACCAUGAGUUAUCCACUCUUCUUGUCUACUUACCAUUAAAUUUAACUACAUAUUAUAAAACAUUUUUGUGCUCUCUCUAAACUCUUUCCGUAAUUGUGUCGUUGAUGACCAAAUUAUCUAAAAUUUCUUGGAUAUUUGGAUAAUAACGUCCUCUUUUUUUCUUCAGGUUUAUUCUAAUUCAUAAUUGUUGCAUGUGUUAUGUUCGGUAGGAUUUCUCUGUAGGCGUUGAAUAAGAGUGGUGAAAGUAUGCAUCUUUGUUGAACUCAAGUAUGUCUAUUGCUUGUCAGUUCCCCUUCUACUAUAACGAUAAUUGUCUGAUUCUGAUAAAGAUUUGAUAUGAUUUUUAAGUAGCAGUCUUUGAAGCUUAACUCAUCCUUUUUCCCUCUCUCCCCUAUCCUGUGAAAGGUCUAUUUAGAAUGUAUAAAGGAAGUACCUAUGUCUUAGUUCAUAUCCUCGUUUAUAUUCAGGAAUCAUGGUACCAGAAGGUGUACAAUGGUCGUUGCUCUAUAAGUAAUAUGUUAUUUUUUCCAACCUUUUAACCAACGUUCCAUUAGCUAUAAUGCAAUAUAUUCCCGUAGAUUCUAUGUUUCAUGUAACUCAUUUCUUGUUCUAACUGCAGUAGCGUUUGUGUUUCUUAAUAUUUUGAAAGAAAAAUUCGGUUAUCGUGACCUAAUUGUAUAUUUAUUUUCUUCUUAUUCACCUCUUUUAUAAUGAGUGUCUAUCUUUGUGGUAUGGUCUACAUAUUUUUUUUAUUUCUGUGACUUGUAAUCUAAGUUAUCUUGAAGUGCAAAUUAAAGAAAUAAUUGCAACCUAUACAGAAAACAUGAUGGCGGAUUUAGAUUUAGCAUUAAAAAUUAUUAAGGGAAACAUAAUGAAACCAGAAAUUUUUUACUUGUGGUUCUGAGGAAAUUGGAAAGCAAAAACGCAGUUACUAGUAAACUAUUAUAGCACUGUAAUUAUAUUAUUUAUUAUAAACCAUCUUACGUUAAGUUACUGUGUCAAAGCGCAAUUUUGCUCAGCCUGUACAGUUUCGAAUCAUCUCCAAAGCGUAAUCAUUUUUGUUUUUAUUUUUACACAAAAUUAAUUUGUUUCUCUUUUUAUAUAAAUAUUUAACUUAAAAAGGAUAAACUAUUCUUUGAUGAUACUGAUAGCGAUUUCUAUCGAGAGCAAUUUUUAUACCCGAAUCUUUAUCUAACUGGAAAAUUACGUGUAAUUGAUAUGUAAUAUUUUUAGGGAAUAAAAAUUAUUAAGAACUCUUAAGCAGCAGUACGCAUGUUGUCGAACUACAUACUUAUUUCAAUCCAUAACCUUUUGUAAAAGUUAAUAUUAUCGUCCCAUGUAUUGUUAGUGGAGUAGUUAGCGAUCUCUACAAAUUUUUCUUUCCAUAUUUUCAACCGCAUUGUCAACAAUAAUAUUGGGCAACUUGUGGAGCAUCUUGCUGUUGUUGUUUUCUAACUAUUAAAGAAUGUAUAUAGACUAUUUAUUUCUCUAUAUUUUAGACCCUUAUGUGAACAGUGUACAUAGAACUGGUUUUUGAAUGCCAUUGUUAAACACGGAUUUUUCUAGGAGAUUUUAUAUAUUUGAGUACUUUUUUGUUACCAAAAAUGAAGUUAUCAAGCUUGCAUUACAUUUUCAUCAUUGUCUUCAUGGUAUUCACACGUUGUUAAUUUAUGGUCAUAUUAUUAAAUGAAUACGUCAUUUUUGGUAUACAGGAACUUAAGCAUUGCCGUGCAAUAUUACCUUACUAGAAUUAAAAAAAAUAAUGUAAUUUUUAAGGGACAAAGUCCUUGUUUUUUUUUUAACUUUUAGGUUUGUAUAUUUUGUUUAUUUUUGUAUUAGGUUCAUACAUUUAUUUAAUUUUAGUUUGAAGUAAUAUAAACAAAAGUUUCAGCAAAUAGUGCUUUUGUAUAUUUCGAGAUAUAUAAUUGUUUUAUACAUAAAUAUGUUUGUUUCGAGAGAAGUGACAAUCACUUUGUAUUAGAAUAAUUUCUGUUAAAAACACUACAAUUUGUACAAGUUUUAUUUGUAUGUGUAAAUUAUGUAAAUAGAGUAAUUUGAUUUU